AUGGCUACCCCCGCCCCCCAAAAGACCAUCACUAUCGGCACCCGCAAGUCUAAAUUGGCUCUGCUCCAGACACACAUGGUCCUCGACGCGUUGAAGAACGCAUUCCCGCAAUAUGAAUAUAAGGUCUUUUCCAAGGAGACAGCCGGUGACCUAAACACUACCAUCGCACUGCGGGACUUCACCACCAAGAACCUAUGGACGGAGGAAUUGGAGGAAUUGAUGAUCGGCGGACAAGUCGAUGUCAUCGUACACUCGCUGAAAGAAAUGCUGACGACGCCUUUUUCAAACUUAUCAGAUGUCCCCACUACUCUCCCCUCUUCCUGCAAGCUUGGCCCGAGCAUGCCCCGCGAAGAUAGCAGGGAUGUCCUUGUGGUGAAACAAGGUUUGCCAUACAAGAGCCUGUCCGAAAUCCCCGCCGGGUCCGUAGUUGGAACCUCGUCCAUUCGCCGCACAGCUCAAUUGGCUCGGAAAUACCCCCACCUUAAGGUUCAGGAUGUCCGUGGCAACAUCGGCACUCGCCUGUCAAAGCUGGACGCCGAAGAUAGCCCUUACACCUGUGUCAUUCUGGCCGCUGCUGGUCUGUUGCGUCUUGAUUUGGCGGAUCGUAUCACCCAAUAUUUGGACUCUAAGAACAGCGGCAUGCUCUAUGCUGUCGGACAGGGUGCCCUUGGUAUCGAAAUUCGCAAAGAAGAUACUGUUCUCCAGGAUAUGUUGGACAAGAUUGGUCACCAGGAGACUACGUUCUCGGUUUUGGCUGAGCGGAGUCUUUUGCGGACUCUUGAGGGAGGUUGCAGUGCCCCGCUGGGUGUUGAAACCGAAUGGGUCCAAAAUGCACAGGGUUCUAAGCAGCUGCGAAUGCGGUCUGUUGUUGUCAGUGUCGAUGGGAAAGAGUGUGCUCAGGUAGAAUUGGAAGGCGACGUCAACUCUGCUGAAAGUGCCGAGGCCUUCGGAAUCACCGUCGCCAAGGCCCUGGUGGCUGACGGCGCUGGAGAUAUUCUCGAGGCUAUCCAGCAGAACAAGACCAAGGAGGGUGUUUCUACUGCGGUUUGA